UGUGGAUCAUCUUACAUGGGGUGCACUGUCCAAUUGGUAAAGAAUCUCUCAGAUGAAGUGGAAAAAUUGAGAAGAUAUGCUUCUCAGAUCAUCCACUAUCACAUUAUAAAAGGGGUGGACUAGCUCCAGAAAUUGUUACUUUGAGCCAUUGCCUUCCUCUUCAAAGUAAGGCCUAUUCCUAGUUCCUCUUUUACUUCUCAUAUGGAUGAGCGUAAGUUAGGCUACAAGGGAAAUGAUGUUCUUCAAGAGCUUGAGAUGCUGACUGUGAUUGCCAAAGUAGCCCAAGAGCUUAUAUUGAGAAAAAUCCUUGAGAAGAAUCAGGCUAUUGAAUACCUAUAUAAAUUCAUGAAUGGGUCCAAAGACAUUUCUGACUUCAAGAGCCAGGCUCCAGUAGUGACUUAUGAUGUGGUCCAGCCCUACAUUGCGAGGAUCGCAGCUGGUGAAAAAUCUUCAGUUUUAUGUGGAGAACAAAUUGUAGAACUGCUGAGAAGCUCUGGAACUUCUCGCGGUGAGCCAAGAUUGAUGCCAUCCAUCUCAGAUGAUCUUGACCGUCGAACAUACCUGUAUAGUCUCAUCAUGCCUAUCAUGAACAAGUAUACACGAGGUCUCGGUGAAGGGGAGGCCAUGUAUCUUCUCUUCGUGAAAGCUGAAACAUCGACGAAUUCCGGCAUUCCAAUUCGAUCAGUCCUCACUAGCUAUGAUAAGAGCCCUCACUUCUUGCACCGCAAGCACGAACUGUACAACAGUUAUACCAGUCCUGAUGAGGUCAUUCUUUGCCCUGAUAGCCAGCAGAGCAUGUACUGCCAGCUGCUUUGUGGCCUAAUAGAAUGCGAGCAUGUCCUUCGUCUCGGAGCAGUUUUUGCCUCAGCAUUCCUUCGGUCUAUCAGCUUUCUUGAGAAGCAUUGGUGUGACCUUGUUAAGGACAUCCGAAUUGGUCAGCUCAAUUCCAAUAUCACAAAUUCUUCAUGUCGCUUGGCCAUGCAGAGCUUUCUUGCAUGGCCAAACCCUGAGCUAGCUGAUGAGAUUGAGGCGAUAUGCAGCUCUGGGUCAUGGAAGGGAAUUCUAGGCAGGCUCUGGCCUAAUGUUAAGUACAUUGAAGCUGUUCUUACAGGCACGAUGGCACAAUAUAUCCCCAUGCUGGAAUUCUAUAGUGAUGGUAGGAUUCCCUUGGUCUGUACCAUGUGUGCUUCCUCGGAGAGCUAUUUUGGUGUCAAUCUGAGGCCACUGUGUAGCCCUACAGAUGUGUCUUACACCAUCCUUCCAAACAUGGCCUACUUUGAGUUUAUACCAUUGGAAGAUGGAGUGAAGUUGACAGAGGAUGAUGAGGUGGUGGAGAAUGACAAGCUUGUCAGCCUGGUGGAUGUCAAGGUUGGAUGCUACUACGAGCUUGUGGUUACCACAUUUUCUGAUCUUUACAGGUACCGAGUAGGCGAUGUGCUUCAAGUCACAAGCUUCUACAACUGCGCACCACAGUUCAAAUUCAUCUGUCGAAGAAAUGUCAUCCUCAGUGUUGAUUCUGAUAAGACCAAUGAGGAGGAUCUCCACAAUAGUGUCACCCGUGCCAAGAAAAUCCUGGAGAACCGAAAUUACCUCCUCCUGGAGUACACAAGUUGCACUGACACUUCCACUGUCCCUGGCCACUAUGUGUUCUUUUGGGAGAUCAAGUCCACAUAUGAAGGCACAACUACAUGCGCACCUCUCGAUGCCCAGCUCCUUGAGAGUUGCUGCGUUGCUGUCGAGGAGUCGCUCGACUACGUCUACAGGCGCUGUAGAGCCCAUGACAAGUCGGUAGGGCCACUGGAGAUCCGAUUGGUUGAAGCUGGCGCCUUUGAUGCUCUGACGGAUCUUUUGGUUAUCCAAGACUCCAUUAACCAGUACAAAACUCCGAGAUGCAUCGAGUCUGGUCCUGCGCUGAAAUUGCUUAAUUCCAAGGUCAUUGCUUGCUUCUUUAGUCCCCGGGAUCCUGAAUGGACUAUGUAA